CUGUUUAUUGUAGCAGCAAGCGCAGUAUAAAUGUGUGCCUGCUUAUUUUAAUUGUAACAUUUCGACAAAGAAAACACAGAAAUCAAGAUGGGGAUAUUCGGUGAUGCUAAACCUACUACUAUAGCUGGCUUCAUAGUUGCCAUUGUUUCGUUUGUGUUGCAACUUACCAGUUUUGCCACCCCGUAUUGGAUGCAUAUCAAAAUGGGAAAUGUAGAUUCUCAUUUUGGUUUGUGGCAAAUGUGUCUUCCAACAAUAUCCGGAACAACGGAAUGUUCACAAAUUGAAUGUGAAAAAUUUGGUUGUCCCAGUUUUAAAGGAACCCAGGCGCUAGAAACUUUAGCAUUCAUCAUCUUGUUGGCUGCUGUUGUCCUUGUAGCAGUUCAGUUAUUUAUGAUGAAGGAUAAAGAUAUACUGAAGAAGGCAGGAGCAGUUUGUUGUAUUGUAGCAGGUGUUUUUGCCCUUAUUGGAGUUAUAGUGUAUGCUACUCAAAACGGUGUAAAGACCAGUAAUCUUCAUUUCUCGUUUGCGUUCUGUAUUAUUGCUGCAAUUGGUGGCAUUGUUUCCGGUGUUUUAUUAAUAAUGGGAGGAUAACAAGAUAUUGCAUUACAGCGAUAUUUAUAGACUGAAAGUGUUAUCAGGGCAAAUGAGCAGUAAA